GGAACCAAACUCCCUCCCCUUAACCCUUCCUUGCCCGGCUGGAAGAGGGAGUUUGUCCCUUUGGCCUCUCUCCCCUUCUCCUUGCAGCCUGUCUCCUCCUCCUUCUCUUUCUUCCGAGGAAAUGUUCAAGCAUUUCUUUCCCUUGAGAGAAGAGGGAGGAAAAGCACCUUGGACACGGUUUGGUUCUUCAUAAAUCGGUGGUUCCAACAUGGAGAGACCCAACUCACCUGGACUUGAAGCAGGACUUGGGAGCAGAGGGGCAUCCUGGGGAAAAGCUACACAUAAGUCCCUGAGUGUGGAUCUUUAUAGCUCAGAUGUAGAGCGCCAGCGCUUCAGGCAGUCCUCCUACCACAAGGGCGAGGGACCCAGAGAGGUUUGCAGCCGCCUCCAUGACCUCUGCCGCCAGUGGCUGAAGCCAGAGCAACACACCAAGGCUGAGAUGCUGGACCUGGUGAUCCUGGAGCAGUUCCUGAGCAUCCUGCCCCCAGAGAUGAAGAACUGGGUCCCAUCAGAGAAAUAUCUUGGUUUUUCAGAGUUUUGGAGGAGAAACUAUUGCCCCAUAAGAGAGGAAGGAAACGUAACUUGGAUCACUAUUGCUCCUUCCUUGGAUACCAGUACAAAGAUAGAGAGUCCCGAUUCUGCUGGACUUGUUGCUGGAAGACACCCAGGUGUUAUUGAUAGCGAGAGUAUUGUGGAACACUGGCAAAGAACCAUGAAGACACUUCUGAAUGAAAACAUGGAUAGCUCAGACAUACAGCGUCAGCGCUUCAGGCAGCUCUACUACCAAGAGGUGGAGGGGCCCAGAGAGACUUGCAGCCGCCUCCAUGAUCUCUGCUGCCAGUGGCUGAGGCCAGAGCAACACAGCAAGGCUGAGAUGCUGGACCUGGUGAUCCUGGAGCAGUUCCUGAGCCUCUUGCCCCCAGAGAUGGGGAGCUGGGUCCGAGAGUGUGGGGCAGAGACCUGUUCCCAGGCGGUGGCCCUGGCGGAAGGCUUCCUCCUGAGUCGGGCAGAGGACAAGAGGCAGGAAGAACAGAACCAAAAUAUCUGCAUGGAAGUCCACCCUGAUGACUCUGAAUCAGAGAAACCUCCAUCAGACACCACCCAGAGCCUCCAGCAAAAGGAAGGAGAUGGGGCUGCAGCCUUGCAGGGAGCUGGAAUGAUGUUGAUGCCAAAUCCUCAGUCGUUUCUUCCCCUUUGUGAUGGAGUGGAACUGAAUCAGGGCCCCAUUGCCUUUGAGGAUGUGGCUGUCCAUUUCUCCCUGGAGGAGUGGGUUCUCCUGAAUCCUGAUCAGAAAGUCUUUCACAUGCAGAUCAUGGAGGAGAUCCGUGGGAUUGUGGACUCUCUUGAUCUGAGCCAACAAGAAGUCUCUGAAGGAUUCAAGAAUUUCAUAAGCCAGGAGUGUGGGAAAUCUUAUAUUCAGGGUACACAAUUGGUGAAACAUGAGAGAUUUCAUACAGGACAGGAACUAUACAAAUGCCAGGAGUGUGGGAAAUGUUUUGUUGACACUUCAGAUUUGAUGAGCCACAAAAGACUCCACACACGAGUGAAGCCAUACCAAUGCCAGGAGUGUGGGAAAUGUUUUGCUGACACUUCAGACCUGGUGAGCCACAAAAGACUCCACACAGGAGAAAAGUCAUACCAAUGCCAGGAGUGUGGGAAAUGUUUAGCUCACAGUUCAGCCUUGGUGAGGCACAAAAGAGUCCACACAGGAGAGAAGCCAUACCAAUGCCAGGAGUGUGGGAAAUAUUUUGCUUCCACUUCAGAAUUGGUGAGGCAUAAAAGACUCCACACAGGAGAGAAGCCAUACCAAUGUCAGGAGUGUGGGAAAAGUUUUGCUUCCAGUUCACACUUGUUGAGCCACAAAAGACUCCACACCGGAGAGAAGCCAUUCCAAUGCCAGGAGUGUGGGAAAUGUUUUACUUACAGCUCACAGCUGGUGAACCACAAAAGAUUCCACACAGGAGAGAAGCCAUUCCAAUGCCAAGAGUGUGGGAAAUUUUUAGCUGACAGUUCAGCCUUGGUGAAACACAAAAGACUUCACACAGGAGAGAAGUCAUACCAAUGCCAGGAGUGCGGAAAAUGUUUUGCCCGCAGUUCAUCCUUGGUGAGCCACAAAAGACUCCACACAGGAGAGAAGCCAUUCCAAUGCCAAGAGUGUGGGAAAUGUUUUGCUGACAGCUCAGCUUUGGUGAGACACAAAAGAGUCCACACAGGAGAGAAGCCAUACCAAUGUCAGGAAUGUGGAAAAUGUUGUACUAGCAGUUCACUCUUAGUGAGGCAUAAAAGACUCCACACAGGAGAGAAGCCAUACCAAUGCCAGGAGUGUGGGAAACGUUUUGCUCGCAGUUCAGCCUUGGUGAGGCACAAAAGACUCCACACAGGAGAAAAGCCAUAUCAAUGCCAGGAGUGUGGGAAAUGUUUUACUAACAGCUCACACUUGUUGAGCCACAAAAGACUCCACACAGGAGAAAAGCCAUACCAAUGCCAGGAGUGUGGGAAAUGUUUUACUAACAGUUCACACUUGUUGAGGCACAAGAGACUCCACACAGGAGAGAAGCCAUAUCAAUGCCAGGAGUGUGGGAAAUGUUUUGCUUACAAUUCAACAUUGCUGAGCCACAAAAGGCUGCACACAGAAGAGGAGCCAUACUAUUGCCACGAGUGUGGGAAAUGUUUUGCUUCCAGUUUAGCAUUGGUGAGGCACAAAAGAAUCCACACAGGAGAGAAACCAUUCCAAUGCCAGGAGUGUGGGAAAUGUUUUGUUCGGUGUUCAUACUUUUUGAAGCAUCAGAGACUACAUACAGGAGAGAAAUCAUCCAACGAGCUGGGACAAAACUGGGAUUCCAAAAUUGAACACAGUCCUUCUGUGGAGGCCAGGCCAAAGGAAAAGAUUGCUAAAAAAAUAAACAUGGAGAUACCCUACUCACCUGGACCUGAAGAAGGACUUGGGACCAGUGGGACACCCUGGGAAAAAGCUACACACAAGUCCCUUAGUGUGGACCUUUAUAGUUCAGAUGUACAGUGCCAGUGUUUCAGUCAGUCCUCCUAUCAAGAGGGUGAGGGACCCAGAGAGGUUUGCAACCGCCUCCAUGAUCUCUGCCGCCAGUGGCUGAAGCCAGAGCAACACACCAAGGCUGAAAUGCUGGACCUGGUGGUCCUGGAGCAGUUCCUGAGCAUCGUGCCCCCAGAGAUGGGGAGCUGGGUCCGAGAGUGUGGGGCAGAGACCUCUUCCCAGGCGGUGGCCCUGGCGGAAGGCUUCCUCCUGAGUCGGGCAGAGGACAAGAGGCAGGAAGAACAGGCCCAAAAUAACUGUGUUGAAGUCCAGCCUGAUGUCCCUGCAUCAGAAAAAUCUCAUUCAGACACCAACCAGAGCCCCCAGCAGAAGGAGCUGAAGCAGGAAGAAGAUGGGGCUGCAGACUUGCAGGGAAUUAUGUUGCUGUUGAAUCCUCAGUCGUUUCUUCCCCUUUGUGAUGGAGUGGAACUGAAUCAGGGCCCAGUCGCCUUUGAGGACGUGGCUGUUCCUUUCUCCCUGGAGGAGUGGGCUCUUCUGAAUCCUAAUCAGAAAGUCUUUCACAUGCAGAUCAUGGAGGAGAUUCAUGGGAUUGUGGACUCUCUUGCAGAUAAUUGGGAGAAGAGCAAUGUAUGCACCAAACGCGGGAAGCAUUUGGGACACAAUGGGGGCCUUCCUAGACACCAGGAAACCCACAGAGAAGAUGGAGAUUGUGCCAGAGAAAGGCCCUACAAAUGCAAUGUAUCUGGAGAGUUUUUUAUCCAAAAUGUGGCACUUGUGCUUCACAAGACACUCAGUGAUGGGAAAAGCCAUUGUAAAUGGAAAAUAUCAGACAAAUGUGUUGCUGAUUACAAAUUGCCAUGUCCGAGCCAAGAAGAAAUCUUUAAAGGAACUGAGGAUUUCAUAAGCCGGGACUGUCAGAAAUCAUUUAUCCAUAGUUCACACUUGAUGAAACACAAGAGAUUUCACACAAGAGAGAAGUCAUACCAGUGCCAGGAGUGUGGGAAAUGCUUUGCUUACAGUUCAGCCUUGGUGAGGCACAAAAGACUUCACACAGGAGAGAAACCAUACCAAUGCCAGGAGUGUGGGAAAUAUUUUGCUGAUAGUUCAGGCUUGGUGAGCCACAAAAGACUCCACACAGGAGAGAAGCCUUACCAAUGCCAGGAGUGUGGGAAAUAUUUUGCUCAUAGUUCCGACAUGGUGAGACACAAAAGACUCCACACAGGAGAGAAACCAUACCAAUGCCAGGAGUGUGGGAAAUGUUUUGCUUCCAGUUCAGAAUUGGUGAGCCACAAAAGACUCCAUACAGGAGAGAAGCCAUACCAAUGCCGAGAAUGUGGGAAACGUUUUUCUCGCAGUUCUACCUUGGUGAGGCACAAAAGACUCCACACUGGAGAGAAGCCAUACCAAUGCCAGGAGUGUGGAAAAUGUUUUGCAGACAGUUCAGCUUUGGUGAGCCACAAAAGACUCCAUACAGGAGAGAAGCCAUACCAAUGCCGGGAGUGUGGGAAGUGUUUUGCUUACAGUUCACAAUUGAUUAGGCACAAAAAACUGCACACAGGAAAGAAAGGGUAAAAGUGCCAGAAGUAUGGGAAAUGUUUUCCUCACACUUCAUCCCUUAAUGAGCACUAAAGAGUACACACAGCCUAAAAAACAUGCAGAUGCCAGACAUGUGGGAAAUACCUCACAACCUCUGAGGAUGCCUGCCAUAGAUGUGGGUGAAACGUCAGGAGAGAAUACUUCUGGAACAUGGGCACACAGCCCGAAAGACAUACAACAACCCUGUGAUCUCGGCCAUGAAAGCCUUCGGCAACACAUGUGGGAAAUGUUUUGUUCAUACCCUUUGAACUAUCACAGACUACAUACAGGAGUGGCCUGGCUGGGAUGGGAACUUGGAGGCACUGUUUUGCAGUGGCUCCAUUCCUUCCUGGAAGGUCGUACCCAGAUGGUGGUGUUGGGGGACACCUGCUCAGCCUCACGACUUUCAUCUUGUGGGAUCCCUCAGGGUUUAGUUCUGUCUUCCAUGUUGUUUAACAUCUACAUGAAGCCCCUGGGAGAGAUCAUCCGGAGUUUUGGAGUUUGGUGCCAUCUGUAUGCAGAUGAAACCCAACUCUACUAUUCAUUUCCACCAAAAGCCUAGGAAGCAGCCUGUCAGCUGUUGUGGACAAAUUGAAAUUGAAUCCAGACAAGAUGGAGGUCCUCCUGGUCAGUCGUAAGACAGCUCAGGGUAUAGGCAACCUGUGCUGGAUGGGAUCACACUCCCCCAAAGUCACAGGUCCGCAGUCUGGGGGUCCUGGACUCAUCACUGACACUGGAGGCCCAGGUGUCGGCAGUGGCCAGGGGGGCCUUUGCACAAUUAAAACUUGUGUGCCAGCUGCAAUCAUACCUUGAGAAGCCGCAUUUAGCAGUGGUGGUCCAUGCCUUGGUUACACCCCAUUUAGACUUUUGUAACAGGUUCUAUGUGGAGCUGCCCUUGGAGAGUGUCCAGAAACUUCAAUUAGUUCAAAGAUCUUCAGCCAGGUUACUAACAGGUGCUGGAUGCAGGGAGCAUACUGCCCCGUGCUAAAGCGCCUACACUGGCUGCUAAUUCCUUUGUAGGCCCGAUUCAAGGUGCUAGGGUUGACCUCUAAAGCCCUAAAUGGUUCAGGUUCUACUUACCUAUCUGACCGCAUCUCCUCAUACCAACCAGACCGAACAUUAAGCUCUUCUAACAAGGCCCUCCUCUUUUUGACGCCACUAUCACAAAUGCGGUUGGCGGCCGCUCCAACUCUUUGGAACUCUCUCUCCAAGGAGGCUAAAACAGCCCUUUCUCUGACAUCUUUUAAAAAACAGCUAAAGUCCUCCCUGUUCGCACAAGCUUUUGAUGAAGACACUUUGCUUUAAUGACAGGAAGGCUAACUUAUUGAGUUGUGUGAAGAUUCCCAUCUAUCUUGUUGAGUCGCUUGCAGUAACUGUUUUAGACUAAUGUUUUUAAAUGUGUUUAUUUCUUACUGGAAAUUUGUUUUUAUAAGCUAUUGUUAUUAUUAUUAUUAUUAUUAUUAUUAUUAUUUAUUUCUCACAUUUAUAUCCCGCCCUUCUCACCCGAAGGGACUCAGGGCGGCUUACAAUAGUGGCAACAAUUAGAUGCCCAUACAAACCAAUAUAAAACAGCACAUAAAACAGUUAAAACUAUUAAAAUACAUUAUGAAUUAAAAAUAUACAUUUCAAACAUAAAAUCAGAUCCGUUCUUCCUCAUGCUUUGUCCAUAGUUCAGUCCGUGUCAUCUUCACCAUUUAUUGAUUAAAAGCCUGGGCACACAGCCAUGUUUUUUGGGCUUUUCUGAAGCCCAACAGGGUUGGAAUUUGACACAUCUCUCUUGGGAGGGUGUUCCACACCCGGGGAGCCACCACCGAGAAGGCCCUGUCCCUUGUUCCCACCAGCUGCGCCUGUGAGGCAGGUGGGACCGAGAGCAGGGCCUCUCCAGAUGAUCUCAGGGAUCUUGCUGGCGCAUAGGAGGAGAUACGUUCGGACAAGUAGAUUGGGCCGGAACCAUUUAGGGCUUUAUAGGUCAAAACCAGCACUUUGAAUUGGGCUCGGUAGCAUAUCGGCAGCCAGUGGAGCUGGCUUAACAAGUGGGUGGUGCGCUCCCUGUAAGUCGCCCCAGUUAUUAAUCUGGCUGCCGCACGUUGUACUAAUUGGAGCUUCCGGGCCGUCUUCAAAGGCAACCCCACGUAGAGGGCGUUGCAGUAGUCCAAACGGGAUGUAACCAGAGCGUGGACCACCGUGGCCAAGUCAGACCUCCCAAGGAAUGGGCGCAGACUGCGAACCUGUGUCUUCAGGAGGAGUGUGGCCCAUCCAACACAGGCUGUUCUAUGUGUGUGUGUAUGUUUGUAUGUCUGUGUGUGUGUGUGUAUGGGUCCCGUUUACGGAGAAAUGCGGGAUAUAAAUCAAGAUUUAUCAUUAUAUACUAUUCAUAUCAGUUGGAUAAAUACGAUUUUCAUGUCACUUAUUUUAAAAAGAAAAUAUAUGUAAUUCCAUCAAUUGUU